CCAUACGUCCAAUACGCUGCACCGGACAGGGUCUGUUUACACAGGAGGAGGAUUGUCCCCACUUGCGUUCCGUAAAGCAACAAUUGCGUUGCCCUGGUUACCAGCUCAGCGUCCUAGUUCCGAGAGCAGCGCGGCGGAGGCAUCCGAACAGCAUGGUGCGGGUUAGUGAAGAUCUGAUCCGGCGGCGUGCCGAGCACAACAACUGCGAGAUCUUCAGCCUGGAGGAGAUCUCCCUCCAUCAGCAGGACCUGGAGAGAAUAGAACAUAUAGACAAGUGGUGCCGGGAGUUAAAGAUUCUCUAUCUGCAGAACAACCUUAUUGGAAAAAUAGAGAAUGUGAGCAAACUGAAGAAGCUAGAGUACCUCAACUUGGCUCUGAACAACAUAGAGAAGAUUGAGAACUUGGAAGGUUGUGAAUCAUUGCAGAAAUUGGAUCUGACAGUCAAUUUUGUUGGGGAACUGUCCAGUAUUAAUAGUCUUCAGGAGAACCUUCACCUGCGGGAACUCUAUCUGGUAGGAAACCCGUGUGCAGAAUACGAAGGAUACCGGCAGUACGUCGUUGCAACUCUGCCGCAAUUAAAGUGGUUAGAUGGCAAGGAGAUCGAGCGCUCCGAAAGGAUUCAGGCCCUGCAGGAUUAUCCUCAAGUGCAGGGGAGAAUGAAAGAACAACAAGAGGCUUACCUACGCAAAAGGGCCGCUGAGAGGGAAGAGGCAAGGAGCAAACUACAAGGGAAGCAAAAGGAAAGCAGAAAGACACAAGAAAAAAAACCUGGAUUUGACCGGCGUUGGUAUACAGAUAUCAACAACACCAUCCCAGACCCUGUAGAAAAACCAGACCCUACUGAACAGAAUGGAGAUGAAACAGCGUUGAGAAAAGCUGAAGAGGAAGAAGAAAAAGAAUUUUGGAGCCAGCCUUCACAGUACACACCAGAAUCCAGAUUAGAAACCCAUCGCUACUUGGAGGAGAAGCGCAAGUCCAAAGAAAGCAGCAGCGAAGGAGAACUGAAGAAGAAACCUCCGAGGACUUUGAUCACCGCCGAGGGACGUGUUUUGAAUGUGAACGAGUCGAAGCUUGACUUCUCUUUGGUGGAUGAUGAAGAAAACAACCAGUUUGUUUUGGAUCUGGCGAUUUACAGACAUUUGGACACAUCUUUGGUCGAUGUUGAUGUACAGCCCAGUUACAUAAAAGUGCUGGUCAAAGAAAAGCCCUUCCAGCUUGUUCUUCCUGCUGAAGUUAAGCCUGACAGCAGUUCUGCCAAGAGGUCUCAGACUACCGGUCACUUAGUGGUCACUAUGCCAAAGGCAAUAGGAGUAAUUCAGACGAAAAGAGCCAAAUCCCCAGUGGUGGAGGAACAGACGCGCAAGAAUCCCCCGAAAUGCUCAAAAACAUUUGAAAAGUUAGAAGUUGACCCAAAGGCUUGUUCCGUCCCGGAUUUUGCUAAUAUUGUGCAAGAGAAGAAAACCCAGGCACAGGGGCCACUCCAGUUCCACAAGAACAAAGUCAAAGAUACUGAGGACAGCGAGGACUUCAUAGAUAACACAGACGUUCCGCCACUCAUGUGAUUAAAGAGGUUGUUCACCUUUAAAUUAACCUAUAGUAUGAUGUAGAGAGUGUUUUUCUGAGACAAUUUGCAAUUGGUUUUAAUUUUUUAUUAUUUGUGGUUUU